GAUCAUAUUUUUAAAACCCAAAAAAAUAAAAAAUUAUGUACAAGAAAAAAGCCUGCUUUCUCAAUCAAUUACUUCUUUUUUGUCAGUGAUUUCAACAAAAUUAGAUCUUUCAUACAUAUAAGCCACCUCCUUGUCAGAAACUCCAUCUGAUCUCUUUCUGUCUUUCUCUCUCUCUCUUUCUUUCUCUCUCUCUCAGCUACUACUAAUUUAGUAUUUUUCCCCAAAUCAGUUGGAGAAGUUGCAGAUAUCAAUUUCUGACAGAAUCAACAGAUCCCAAGUUACAUAAAAAGGGUAUAUAUAUCACACAGAAAAAGGGGACUGAUCUUUUGGUUUCAGCAUUAAUUUCCAAAUAAAUGAAAUGGGAAUAAGUUGUUACAAGCUUUUUCCUGUUACACUUUGAUUUAAUAAAAUAAAAAAUAUAUAUAAUUCAAAGAAGAAGCUUUUGUUUUUGUUUUUGUGUUGAAGAAGAAGAAUAUAAAAAUUAAGUAAUCAAAGGUUCAAUGAUGGCAACAUACUUUCAUGGGGGUUCAGAAAUCCAAGCAGCAGGAGCAGCAGGAGAUCAUAACCUCCAAACACUUUAUCUCAUGAACCCUAAUUUCAUAGCUGCCUAUUCUGAAGGCCAAACACCUCCUAACAUGUUAUUCCUCAACCCGGCGAACGCCCUCUCUCAGGGUAAUCUCCCUCACGCGCCGCCUCCGCAGCAACCUCAGCAGCAGCAGUUUAUUGGGAUCCCUCUAGGUGGGACCCAUCCUUCGGAAGAUCAUGGCCGUCCAUCACCAUCUUCCUCAAGUUCACUUCAACACCAUCACCACCACCAGAUCCCUACUGCUUUACAUGGCUUAUCAGUGUCUAGAGUUCAUCCCAAUCUCUGGAACCAGGGCUCAAUCCCAGCUACUGCAUCUGAGUCAGACAUGACAGAUCACAUGGGCUUUCGCAGACCCAUGACGGCUCAAGGUUUGUCCUUGAGCCUCUCCCCAGGUCAGCAACAGCAGCAGCAUCAACAACAGCAUCAGAGUCAGGUAACAGUAGUAGGAGGGUCCGCAACAUCUGUUGCGGCCUCAAAUGGGGUCAUAAUUGGGUCCAAGUUUUUGAAAGCUACUCAAGAGUUGCUAGAAGAAGUAGUGAAUGUUGGAAAUAAUAAUAAGGCUAGUAGUGGGAUUAAUAAUAAUGGCGAACAUCGUAGUGGAGAGUCUAGUGGGGUCCUCAAGGAGAAGGCGAAAGCGGCUGCUGCUACUGUCAAAGAUCAUUCCGGUGUCGGCGAGGGAAUAUGCUAUGGUGGUAGUGGUGGAGGCGGUGGUGGUGGUGGUGGUGCUGCCGAGAGUAGUUGUGGGGGUAGUAAGAAGAUUGUUGAAAUAUCUACUGCUCAGAGACAGGAACUUCAAAUGAAGAAGGCCAAGUUGCUCAACAUGCUUGAAGAGGUGGAACAAAGAUACAGACAAUACAACACUCAGAUGCAAGUAGUAGUAUCAUCCUUUGAACAAGCAGCAGGAGUUGGGUCAGCAAAACUGUACACUUCCCUAGCCUUAAAGACUAUCUCAAAGCAAUUCAGAUGCUUAAAAGACGCAAUUAUGUCUCAAAUUAAAGCUACAUAUAAGAGCUUAGGAGAAGAGGACACCACUAGUAAUGGUACAGGGAUAAAAUUGGAAGGAGGAGCUGGUUCGAGAUUGAGGUAUGUAGAUCACCAGCUACGGCAGCAGAGAGCCUUACAGCAGCUAGGGAUGAUGCAGCACAAUGCUUGGCGGCCGCAACGCGGCUUGCCUGAGCGUGCUGUCUCCGUUCUCCGUGCUUGGCUCUUUGAGCACUUCCUUCACCCGUACCCUAAGGAUUCAGACAAACACAUGCUUGCUAAACAGACAGGGCUUACAAGAAGCCAGGUAUCAAAUUGGUUUAUCAAUGCCCGUGUUCGCCUAUGGAAGCCAAUGGUGGAAGAAAUGUACUUGGAAGAGAUAAAGACUCAAGAACAACAAAACAGUGGCAAUUCUGAGGACAAUACCACCAACACAAUCACCACAAACAAGAAUAGCAACUCCUCCAAAAAUGACGCCUCAACAAAAAAAGAAACCACACUAGUUGGACAACAAGCUCAACAACAAGCAGAGCACGGUGGCACAAUAAUCCACCCCCACCAACAACAUCAUCAUGUAGCGGACCAAACAACCAAUGACAUGAUAUCGAAUCUAUCGGCGAUGUCGACAACCUCCUCGCAAGGCUUCACUCUGAUUGGCACCUCCUCGGACAUGGAGUCCUUAAUGGCAAGAAGCCCUAAGAAACAAAGAAGCAACUCUGAUAUGCAAAACUCUCCUAGUAGCAUUCUUUCCAUGGACAUGGAAAUGAAACCAGUUGAUCAUCAUCAACAACAUCAACAUCAAAGACACUCUUUCUUGAUGACUAAUCAUGGAGAUGCAGAUACUGGAUUCAACCCUUACAUUGUGAAUAAUCAUGACCUAGCAGGGAGGUUUAACCCGGAUCAGAUGACCGCGCACCCAUAUCAUGGGAACGCGGUCUCUCUUACACUAGGUUUACCUCAUUGUGAGAACCUUUCACUUGGGAAUCAUCAGCAAAAUUUCCUUCAAAAUCAGCCAAACAUUCAGCUAGGGAGGAGGCUCGAACUCGGACCGGGUGAUCAGCCUGAUUUUUGUGGGAUUAGCAUGGCUCAACCUUCUCACCCUAACAAUGGGUUUGAAACUAUUGACAUCCAAAAUCGAAAGAGGUUUGCUGCUCAGCUCGUACAUGAUUUUGCUUGACAAUAAUACUUUAAAAGGAAGAUUCAAGCAUGAUUAUUAUUGAUUAAGAUAGCCAUCAACAUGAUAAAUCUUUAGUUUUUCUUAAUGAACAAGAAUUAAGAUCAUUGAAAAGAAAAAAACAAAGGUUAACCAAGGGGAUUUGGUAUAGGCUUAUACUUAGGGAUUCAAAUAUAUUAUUGCUACGUACGUAGCUAAAAAAUGUAGGGGAAGUAGGGAUUGUUGAGAUGUUAAUGCAUAUAGUAUGUGCAAUUGAAGACUUGAAGUAGUUGGAUAUUGUUGAUUAUAUAUGUUGUAAGGUAUAGACACAGUCAUGAACUUGAAUUUGUAUAUAUGGAUUGUAAUAGUAUAUAGAUUUCGUGAAGUUAAAUUAAUCUUUUGAAAUCUAUGUAUAUGUAGUAUGAACUUAUUAUAA